ACUGCUUUGCCACAGGAUCUUCCAGAGAAAAUCAUACCAGAUGUGGUUUGGGAUUCACAGAGGAACCAUGAAAUCUACAGGUUGUGCUCCCUUGAGGCUGGCUCCUUUCAGUGCUACUACACUGAUCUCAUAUUUGAGGUGGGAGCGGGUGUCACCAUAACAUACCACUUUGAUUCAUGGCACAAGCACCUGAAUGGAAGGGAUGCACAGAGGUUGUCUGUCGCUGGUCCAUUGCUCAACAUCCAAGCGGAUCCACUCGAGGCUGUGGCAGCCGUUCACUUCCCUCACUUCCUGUGCCUUGCAGAUGGGGACAGCUCCCAAGUCUACAUUGGACAUUUUGUGGAAGAGGGGAUGAGUCUAGAAAAGCCAAGCAGAGUGGGGUCACGUCAUGCUGUGUUGAGAAACCCCAAGUUCUCUUCCCGUGGAGUAGUUUUCAAAAAGCCUUGGUUUAAACGGAAGAUGAAGGUCCACUGCAUCACACUGCUCUAUCAAGUGCUUGAAGUUCCAGCUCAAAAAUUCCAUCUAUACCUCCUCCCAAACGACUCUUCUCUAAGAAAGACAGUCCAUGAGAAAGAAGAGAAAUGCCCUUCGUGGAGAUUGGAUAAACCCUCUGUCAUCCUCAAGCCUCUGAGGAUUGGCUCUCGCUUCUUUGUGCAGAAGUUAGAUGAUGUUGAAAUCUGCCCCAAGGAACUGGAGCUUCAAUAUUUGCAUGCAGACAUGGAGCAGCAGUACCUUGAACUCUAUGCUGAACACAGGCAAGAUAAGUUCCACUUCAACCUGAUAGAGAAGAAAAGGGAUGAACUCGUCUGGGAGGCCUUUGUGAGACAAGAAGAGCUGAAAUCUUCUAACCCAACAGAAGAGGCAAGCCCACCUCAUCCAAUGUCAGUCUCAUCAAAACAACAUUUCAUUGAGCAACACCGGGAAGAGCUGAUCCAGCGGACCAGCAACGUUGAAGCGGUGCUGGAUAUGCUCCUUGGCACCAUUCUGAAUAAUGAGCAGUAUGAAAUGAUUUCUUCGAAGGGAACCAACCAAGAGAAAAUGAGGGCGCUUUACAUGCUGGCACCAAGUUGGAACCGCUAUUGCAAGGAUCUGCUUUACAAAGUACUGAAGAACAGAAAUCCAUAUCUUUUUGAUGAACUGGAAGGGAAAUGAGACCACAAUGAAGUCAAAGAGAGACAACAGGAACUCCAACUGCAUGUACUAUGUGACUUCAGUUCUUCCUUAAUCAAUAAAGAAGGGACCGUAUGAGGUCACUUCCUUAAUGCUUUGGGGGGGGAUUUCCAACAAAGGAAAUAAUAUUAUGUAUUUGCCCUUGCAUGAGCUCUCUUUUGUUUAUCUUACUAAAACGUGUGGUUCAUUCUUAGCAAUGAGGACAAAGAAGGGCAGGUCAGCUGACCACAAAUAAACAGGUGCAAUUGCCUAAUUCCUAGCUUGCAGUGAGCUGCAUUACGGUUGUUGUUUUUUAUUCUGCUAAAAGGGCUUCACAGCCUGUUUCUCAAACACGUGUGGGACAGGAGGUUUAAAUUUUAAUUUACAAAAUUAAUCCCCAAUCCAUUGCCAUCAAAAUCAGCAAUUGCUGCUGGCCGAGCCUUGUUCUUUUCCACUUUGUCCAUCACCAGAGAAGAGUGGGAGAAAGAAACUUGCUUAUUGCAAGCACCAGCAGCAUGAGGCAGAUGUCUCUCCCUAAGCAGGUGUCUUAAAAAUAAGGGGACUGCUUGCUUUGGCUGCACCAGUAGGGAACAGGCAUGUCCACUGCCAAAUCGAGCAGCAUUUAAACACACACACCCCAGUCAUCAGCAGUGAGCUAUCAGAAAACGUACAAGGAUUUUAGGCUGACAAGUUUUUCAACCUAAAUCAGAUAAGUUCUGGUUUUAGAUUGAUAGAAAAAGUGUCACAGUUAUUUCUGAAAACCAGAGUUAUGGGAG